AUGUGGCCGGUACUGAUCACCGCCAUCUUAGGUCUGCGUCCGGCGCCCUCCCAUCAACAGUUCCCCCGUCCGUGCGCCACCAGGGAGGCCUUGCUCUCGAAGGAGUGCUGUCCGCCGUGGGAGGGGGACGGCUCGGCUUGCGGGGCCAGCUCCGGCCGGGGCUUCUGCCAGGACGUUCAGGUGACCGACGCCCCCGACGGGCCGCAGUACCCCUUCUCCGGGCUGGACGACCGGGAGAGGUGGCCUCUGGUCUUCUACAACCGCACGUGCCGGUGCGCGGGGAACUUCAUGGGCUUCGGCUGCGCCGACUGCAAGUUCGGCUACUCCGGAGCCCGCUGCAGCCAGAGGAGGGAGUCGGUGAGGAGGAACAUCUUCCACCUGUCCCGGGCCGAGAGGCAGCGGUUCAUAGCCUACCUCAACUUGGCCAAGCGCACCGUCAGCGCCGAGUACGUCGUUGCCACGGGGACCCUCCAGGAGAUGGGGAACGGCUCGAACCCCAUGUUCGCCGACGUGUCCGUGUACGACGUGUUCGUGUGGAUGCACUAUUACGUGUCCCGCGCGGCGCUGCUGGGGGCACCGGGUCGCGUGUGGACCAACGUGGAUUUCGCCCACUGGGCGCCGGCCUUCCUGCCCUGGCACCGCGCCUACCUGCUCCACUGGGAGCACGAGAUCCGGAAGCUGACCGGGGACACCGACUUCGCCCUUCCGUUCUGGGACUGGCGCGACGCGCCGGGCUGUGACGUGUGCACGGACGAGCUGAUGGGGGGCCCGAGUCCCCGCGACCCCGUUCUCCUCAGCCCGGCCUCCGUCUUCUCCUCGUGGAGGGUGCUGUGUUCCAGAGCAGAAGAUUACUAUGACCGAGGUGUGCUAUGUGAUGCCACACAGGAGGGCCCGCUGCGUCGAAACCCGGGGAACCAAAAUCGCAGCAUCGUUGAACGGUUGCCGACAUCGGAAGAGGUAGAGUUCACCCUCAGCCUCGUAGACUACGACACAGGAACCAUGGACCGCGCUGCCAACAUGAGUUUCAGGAACACUCUGGAAGGUUUUGGCGACCCUCGGACCGGAUUAGGAAACAGCCCUCGUAGGAGCAUGCAUGCCGCCCUCCAUGUCUUCAUGAAUGGAACAAUGUCCUCCGUCCAGGCCUCUGCAAACGACCCCAUCUUCCUUCUCCACCAUGCCUUUGUAGACAGCAUCUACGAGCAGUGGCUGAGGAGGUAUCGCCCAUCUCCAUCUCAGUACCCAAAAGCCAACGCUCCCAUAGGGCACAACAGCGAGUACCACAUGGUCCCAUUCUUCCCCCUCAGAAGGAACAGAGAAUUCUUCAUUUCCAGCAAGGACCUGGGAUAUGAAUACUCCCAUUUUCUGGAUGCCAACCAGAGACUAGCUGAGUCCAUGGGGCCCCUCCUGGAGGCGCUCCGGCAGGUCUGGCCCUGGCUGCUGCUGACGGGGUUCGUGGGGUUCAUCGUCGCGGUGGCCUUGGUUGCUGCUGCCCGGACCGCGCUGAGGCGCUACCGAGGCUCAUCUGGGCUCCCUGUGAGGAGGUGGAGGAGCCUUUUCAGCAGCCCGGAGAGACAGCCCCUUAUCUUAAGCAACGACACCGAGGACACCAGCUGGCGCACCUACCAGAGCACUAUGUGA